CCGGGGGCAGGAUGAUGCUGCAGCACCCCGGUCCCUCGCUGGCCGACAUCAGCUGCUCCGCCCUCGUCCCCUGCUUGUCGCCGGCGCCGGGCGCCCUCAGCCUGGCCGACUUCACCGGCUUCGCCCCGCAGGUGAGAGACGAGCUCCGGCUGGCCAUCCACACCAAGCGGCUGGUCAGCGGCCUGAGCGCCGACAUGAGCUCCGACGGAGCCAGCUCCAGCUCGGACCGAGCGGCCGGACACACCGGCGUCAAGAGAGAGCUGACUUCUGAAGAGCACGACAGGAGGAAGAGGAGGAGAGAGAGGAACAAGAUCGCUGCUGCCAAGUGUCGCAACAAGAAGAAGGAGAAGACGGACUGUUUACAGAAGGAGUCGGAGAAGCUGGAGAGCGUCAAUGCCGACCUGAAGGCUCAGAUCGAGGCUCUGAAGCAGCAGAAACAGCAGCUGGUCUACAUGCUGAACUUGCACCGGCCGACCUGCAUCGUCCGUGCCCAAAACGGCCAGACGCCCGAGGACGAGAGGAACCUCUUCAUCCAGCACAUCAAGGAGAGCGCCUUCCAGCUCCACGAGCUCGCCGACACAAACUGCGACUCGGCCGCCUCCGCAGCGCCCGCUCUGGACGGGAGUCUCGACCUCAGACUGAUCCAGUGCCACGGCCACAGCCCCGCCGUGCCGACGUCGUGCAGCCAGCUAUGAGCCGCCCGGCCGCAGACCCGUGGGGGGCGUGAUAUGAUCAGAGAGGGUAGGCUGCCCUCGAGAAAAAUAGACCCUUUGUUUUUCAGUCGUUAGGACGCCGUUGAGCUUGAUGUGCCGGACUGCUGCCCCCUGCAGCCCAGACUGUUUGCAAACACAGCGUGGAUUAGUUGAGACUGGAGGACUGUAUACAGCACGUGUUUAAAAAACCAAUGAAACUCCUCCCUCAGUUCUUCUUCUUCUGCUUCAUUUGUCGUUGACCGAGCUGCUAGAGGGACGGCCUUACCUGCCCAUGAAGAGGCGGAGCGGGACUUCCAGAAAGCCCCGCUGAUUGGAUGAAAACCAGGAGGGCGCAGAGGACGGACAUUACAUGGGCACGCCCCUUCCCUCUGUGGUGGUGGUGGUGGUGGUGGUGGUGGUGCACCCCAGGAAAGACAGUUUAGGGGACAAGUCAAAACACUAAGAGAAAAUGUCCAAUGAUUUUUUAUUGCCGGUUGUUCUGAAUAUGUAAAUGUGAUUUUGUACCAAAGGACGAGGGUUUCGGGUGGGCGAGCCGGUGGUUUUAAGGAAAGAACGGCGUUAUUUCCCACCAGUGUUUGAGCAUUAGCGUAUGACCCUUCCUAUUUAUCCUUCUGAAGUCCACCUGCCGUGUCUCUAUCAGUCUGUCCACUAGGUGACGUAAACCUCUACAGCUGCUGCUACUACUAACCGCUCAGGACCCCUACUGGCUCAACUGCAGAUUGGUCUCAGACGGAUUAUUCACAGACCGGGUUGUCUGUCCCCGAGAAGGGACCCGGUCAGCUCGAUCGGGACACGGGAUCGACAGCCUGCUUGUCAGCUGACCUCAGAUCAGUUCUGACAGCUGUUUGGCAGUAAUACAGAUGUGCAGACGGCAGGAUGCUUGAAUUAAAACCACAAUGUUAAACUGGCACCUGUGCACAUAAGUGUUGUUUCCUGCCCCAGUCAGACCUGCCCCCCCUCCCCCCGGCGAGCAGCAGGACCUGCUGCUCUCCGGGGGGGGGAGGGGCAGGUCCAGACCUGCCCUCCCCCCCGGCGAGCAGCAGGUCCAGACCUGCCCCCCCCCCGGCGAGCUCCAUGUUCAGGGCCGUCCUCUGCAGAACUGAACGGUGGUACAGUAUUUACUGUAUUUUAGAAGUACUACCUGUAUCGCAGUAUCGGGGCUCGGUGUUCUGAACUGUGUCGGUAACGUGUGUGUGAGUCUGUGUGUGUGUGUGUGUGUGUGUGUGUGUGUGUGUGUGACACCACCUUAUUCUCUACCAACACCGCCUCCGUCACUGUGUAACUAUAUGCUGCCACAUAUUAAACGCCCUGAAUGCCUCUUCCGGCCUGGUCCGGGCCCUGAAAACGUGUUUUGUACAAGUAUUUAUGGACAGGCUGUUCAGGAGACCCCCGUGGGGGGUUCAGGAGACCCCGUGGGGGGUCCCAGCUCAGCGUCUGGCUGAAGGAGCGGAAACCUUUUCCCGCUUCUUCAUACAAAUAAAAGAUGGAGUAUGGAUUUCAGCCACAUCCAGGUUUAAGCUCAACGCCAAAUGUGUCUCCGCCUCUCUCGCGCCGACGUGUCGGUUUGUCGCUCCGACGGGAGGUGGCGACGGAGGUCCUGCACCAGGACGGUGACGGAGGUCCUGCACCAGGACGGUGACGGAGGUCCUGCACCAGGACGGUGACGGAGGUCCUGCACCAGGACUCUUCCGCUCUCCACAGGAAGUUCGUCAUCCUGAAACUGAGAAAACACACAUGACUGCUGACGAACGUCACACAGGCUUUAUUGUGGGUUCACCACAGUUGUGUUUUGUAUUUUUUGUUUGUACGGGGCACACGUUCUAGCUGUGUGUGUGUGUGUGUGUGUGUGUGUGUGUGAUGUAAUCCUGGGUUGUGUUGACCAAAUGGUUGUGCCGGUGUGUGUGUGUGUGUGUGUGUGUCGGCCGGUUUGAGGGGUUCGUCAUGUUGUACUCUGAGCUGUGUUUGUGUUACUGUCAGCAGCGUCACGCGCCCAGGUUCCACUGCUGGAUGUGAGUCGCUCUGUCUUGUGUUGUAUGGAGGCUCUGCAGACUGUUGGAGCGCCACCUCCUGUUUCAGGUGGAAACUGCACUUCUGUAUUUCUGACUGUUUCUGCCGCCGCCGCAGUUUGGCUUUUGAUACUUUGGUUAUUAAAAGGUCUGUAGGUAA